GAUGCUGAAUCACUUGAUGGAGCUGUAUGGAGAUUGAGAUAUCGCCGGUCUAGAGACUUGUUUCCUCGGCAAUUGCGGCCAAUAUGGCCGAGUCCUAUGCUCUUUGAAUACCUCGACAGGUUUUUGCAGCACUCGGCUCAAGGACAGACUUCAGUUAGGCGGAGCGAUCGAGCCUCACAUCGUUGUUUCAAACAACCGCGGAGCCUGAUUGGACUCUCUGGAAGCCAAAAGUAAUCGUACUUGGAUACGAGCGGGAACAAUGCCAGAGAUACUGGGUCAUAAGCAGCGAGAUUCCGCUGAGCAAACUUCAAACGCAACUUCGGGCCCAUAUUCAGGCCUUGUCGUCGGGACACACCUACCUCGCACGCCGCUUACUCCCACCGAGUAUGCAACCGGGCACGAGAUAUCACAUAUGUAUAUUUCUUACUCCGCCAUUGAAUCAUCAGUCAAUACAAAUUAUUUUUCUUUCUACCAUAUUAUCUUCGAUGGUCGAGGCAUCUCUUCAUCUUUGUCUCACUCCGUUCUUCACUUAGUCUUCUCUCUCACUGUCGUAAACAUCAAUCUCCUUCAGUUCAAUGCGCUCAAUCACAUAUACUAUUCGACAAGCUUUAGUUAACAACGCCUACGUAUUGUAUGCUAGGCACGCCGCGUUCUAGGACUGCCAUC